CUCCUUUACAUUCCCCUCCAACCCACCCUUCUUCCUUCUUCUUUUCUCCCACCGAUCCCUCCCUCACUCCCCCAAGAUCGAGAUCGAGAUCGAGGAAGAGAAGAACUCCAAGCAAAACACUGAUCCAUAUCCAAGAAGAGAGAGAGAGAGAGAGAGAGAAAGCCGAAGUAGGAGGAGGAUCGAGGAGGAAGAGAAACAACAAGUGCAUGGAGUCAGCCCCCUGCCGGUCCGGUGCGGGGGAGGGCUCCUCCUCCUCCCCCAGGGGUGACCCGGAUCAACCCCCUCCGGCGCCGGUGCGGGCGCCGCCGAGCAGGUACGAGUCCCAGAAGCGACGGGACUGGAACACGUUCCUGCAGUACCUACGGAACCACAAGCCGCCGCUGACGCUGGCGCGGUGCAGCGGCGCCCACGUGAUCGAGUUCCUGCGGUACCUGGACCAGUUCGGGAAGACCAAGGUCCACAACGCCGGGUGCGCCUUCUUCGGCCACCCAAACCCCCCGGGCCCCUGCGCCUGCCCCUUAAAGCAGGCUUGGGGCUCCCUGGACGCCCUCAUCGGCCGCCUCCGAGCAGCCUACGAGGAGAGCGGCGGGCGGCCGGAGGCGAACCCCUUCGCCGCCCGCGCCGUCCGCAUCUACCUUCGUGAGGUCCGCGAGAGCCAGGCCAAGGCCCGGGGUAUCCCCUACGAGAAGAAGAAGCGGAAGCGCCAGCCCCCCGCCUCGGCUUCCGGGAGCGGACAGUCUUCUGGAGGAGGAGGAGGAGGAGGAGAGUCUUCUUCUUCUACUGCUGCCGCUUCUGCGGUUGGGAGUCGUCCAGUGGGAGUUAAAGCACUUUCGGUCCGUGGGGUAUGAUGAGGAGAUUUAUGUUGCUAUUCGGGAAGAGGAGAGGCACUACACCGUCCGGUCAUGUCCAAACCCCUCCGGCAAAAAUAUUGCGUAGACCCUCGUCUUGUAAGGAAUAUAUAGGCAUUUGCCUCCACGUAUAUGACGCCAUUCUCAUUUAAUGUGCCCCUCCAUUCCUUCCUCGCCACGCUGGCGCGAUCCAUUCCCAUUGUUGCAGGACUUGAACAAAUUCCUAUAUAUGCAUUCAUCUU